AUGUUCAUGAUGAAGACUUUAAGUCUAAUGUGCUUGGUGGCUCUUCUGUCAACCUGUACUGCUUUAAACGAGAUCAAGAUUGAAGUGGAAAAUAUUGCAACAGACGAAUCUUAUACUGGUAGAAUCUACCCUAGAUCCAAUGCCAGUGGUUUGAGAACUGUUCGGAUAAUGGACUCCAAUAGGGUAGAAAUAUUUCUGUGUAUCGACGACGAAGAAACAUUCCAAGUGGCAGACGUCAGCUAUUCUACAGAUGGUUUUUCGGAUGAAGUUAAUGUGAUUCUAGACAACCAUGAGAUAGGACAGUUCACAACGCACAGUGAAUCUAAUGGUGGUUUAUUAUGGAAUGAGUUUCACCAUACCGGUGAAAUAGGCCAAGAAUUCCGCAUGAUACCAGGAGAACACAACUUAACCAUCGCUCUCGAUCAACUUAAUGAACUCGGAGUUGAGCUCGACUUUCUUCUCUUACGAUUCUCAAGAAGUACUACAGAAGACGAAGUUUUAUGUUCGUAUCACAGUUAUUCUCAUAUAUCCCCAGAUUUGACCGUUGGUGUCGAACCAUAA